GCCUAGGAGUCAGAGGCUGCAGUGACCCGUGAUCGUACCUUUGCACUCCAGCCUGGGUGACAGAACGUGACCCUGUGUCUAAAAGAAUAAUAAUAAUAAUUCCAUAAAAGGUAUCAAAUGGAGAAAUAAAUCAUGAGAGGGGUCGCAGAGGGGACCAGGGACUGCAGUGACAGGCAAUCUGGGGCCCUGACACGUGAUCACUCUUGUUCCAGGAAGAUGAAUGCUUCCAGAUGCCUGUCUGAGGAGGUGGGGUCCCUCCGCCCGCUGACCGUGGCUGUCCUGUCAGCGUCCUUUGUCGUCGGAGUGCUGGGCAAUGGGCUGGUGCUGGGGAUGACUGUCUUCCGCAUGGCCCGCACGGUCUCCACCGUCUGCUUCUUCCACCUGGCCCUUGCUGAUUUCAUGCUCUCACUGUCCCUGCCCAUUGCCAUGUACUAUAUUGCUUCCAAGCAGUGGCUCCUCGGAGAGUGGGCCUGCAAACUCUACAUCACCUUUGUGUUCCUCGGCUACUUUGCCAGUAACUGCCUCCUUGUCCUCAUCUCUGUGGACCGUUGCAUCUCUGUCCUCUACCCUGUCUGGGCCCUGAACCACCGCACCGUGCAGCGGGUGAGCUGGUUGGCCUUUGGGGUGUGGCUCCUGGCCGCUGUCUUGUGCUCUGCACACAUGAAAUUCCGGACAACCAGAAAAUGGAAUGGCUGUACGCACUGCUACUUGGAGUUCAACUCGGAGAAUGAGACUGCCCAGAUUUGGAUUGAAGGGGUCGUGGAGAGCCACAUUAUAGGCAGCACUGGCCACUUCCUGCUGGGCUUCCUUGGGCCCUUAGCAAUCAUAGGCACCUGCGCCCACCUCAUCUGGGCCAAGCUCUUGCCGGACGGCUGGGUCCAAGCCAACCGGCCCAAGAGGCUGCUGCUGGUGCUGGUGAGCGCUUCCUUUAUCUGUUGGUCCCCGUUUAACGUGGUGCUGUUGGUCCAUCUGUGGCGACGGGUGAUGCUCAAGGAACUCUACCACCCCCGGAUGCUGCUCAUCCUUCAGGCUGGCUUUGCCUUGGGCUGUGUCAACAGCAGCCUCAACCCCUUCCUCUACGUCUUCAUCGGCAGAGAUUUCCAAGAAAAGUUUUUCCAGUCUUUGCCUUCUGCCCUGGCCAGGGCGUUUGGAGAGGAGUUUCUCAGUCAUCCUGUCCCCGCAGCAAAGCCCCCCGGGAACGAUGGAAGCCUUCAGCUGGAAGCUGGAAGCCGUCUUUCUUAGUUUGCUUGUGGCCUCUUACCUUGACUGGCUUCUAAAACCCUGCCAAAUCCUGCCUCUUCCUUCAGGAAGUCUUCCAGCAACCCCUCAACUAAAGCUCUGUGGUAGAGACAGCUACUUAUUCCCCAGUGUCCAUUCUUCCCCCUCCUCCCCCUUUUUUUUGAGAUAGAGUCUUGCUCUGUUGCCAGGCUGGAGGGCAGUGGUGUGAUCUCGGCUCCCGGCAACC